GGAAUUGGGAAUUUAGCUCUAGAACAAACGAACAAUUUACUGGUCGACUACUGCCGGAGUGGACCAAGCUCAAUUCCAGUGGCCCACCGGACUUUGAAAAGUGCUCCACCGGUCUACCUCCGUCUUAUGAUACAAAUCAACGGCGAUCCUCAGCUUAAAGUUCAGCCUUAGGCGACAACUCAUCGCCUGCCGCUGCAGAUCGAAACGACGACGUGCUCGCCGAACUCACACGGCAUCGCACCCACACUCGUUUGCAUCUGCUGUAUUUGUUGGAAGUUUUUGAGUAAUCCAUAAGGAAUCGGGAAUUAUUAGUAAGAGAGAUGAAUAUUGGCCAGGGGGCGGUGCACCCCGUGGAGGCGCCGCCGAUGCAGACGGAGGGCGGGGGGAACGUGCCACUGCCGCGCGUGAGGAUGAAGGAUAUCCAGGGCACGCCGGGGACAGUCGGUGGUCUGGUGUUGCGCGUGUUUCAGCUGUUGUUCGCGGUUGUGGCGCUUUCUGUCAUGGCAACCACCAGUGAUUUUCCUUCGGUCACCGCUUUCUGCUACCUUGUUGCUGCUGCUGGUUUGCAGAGCCUGUGGAGCCUUGCAUUAGCACUUGUUGAUGCGUACGCACUUCUUGUAGGCCGUCGUUUGCAGAACCCUCGAAUCGUUAGUUUAUUUGCUAUUGGUGAUGGGGUAACAUCUACCCUAACGUUUGCUGCAGCAUGUGCAUCUGCAGGAAUAACUGUCCUAAUCGGAAACGAUCUUGGGGCAUGUGGCAAGAAUAGUUGCACAGAAUUUGAAACCGCUGCAGCUAUGGCUUUCCUCAGCUGGUUCACCGCAUUACCUUCUUUCUUAUUAAAUUUUUGGUCGUUGGCUUCACGAUGAUGGAGGACAAAAUCUUUAUAUCAGAGUGAAAUAUUCUUCCAGCCUUAGAAAAAAAAGAACGAUAAUAUGUUGUGGUUUUUCGUAUUUUUCAUGUAACCUGUUGUGUUUGCUGCAAUUAUAAUGAUUUACAUGCACACAACCUCGGAAAAUUGUUGCUGUCGUGUGUAAAUAUAUAUAUACAUACAUAGUGCAAGUUCAGUAGUAUUUUCUGUACAAAA